AUGGACCCCCGCGCCUGUGCUCAAGAUGUGAUGCGCUGUGUCAUGUGUGAGACUGCUGUUGUACAAAUGCACUGUGAUACAUGCCUUCUGAACCUGUGUAAGGCCUGCGUGGGAGAACACAUCUCAACUAGUAUAUCUAAGAAUCACAAAGUUGUAAAAUUUCAGUCAAGGAAAUUCACUUCUCUUUACCCUGGAUGUGCCACCCAUGGAGAAAAACGUUGUGAAAUGUAUUGUAGGCACUGUGACAUUCCUGUCUGUCACAUUUGCAUUGCAUCUGAUCAACACUUCCAACACAAAUUAUCAAACAUCUUGCAUGUUCUGGGUGAAAGAAAAGACUUGAUAAAGAAAGAACUAACUGAAUUAAAUGAGUCCAUAUAUCCUACCUACCAGGACAUUGCAUGUGAUGUAAAAGAGAGAAUGAGUCAGUUAGAGACGGAAUAUGGAGAUCUUUCAACAGCCAUAACAAGACAUGGAGAGGACUGGCACAGAGAAAUUGACAAACUUGUCAAUAAAUUUAUAGCUGAAGUUUAUGAAAUGAAGACCUCACAGUUACACAUUUUAAAAAAUCAUCUGGAUGAAAUUAACGACAAAAUUGUAAAUAUUAAAGUUGAUAUUGAUUCACUUGAUAUUGUUGUAGACUCUAAUGACAUGUCAAGACUAUUAAGAGUGAGAUACAAUGUAAAUAAAUAUAAAAAGCUUCCACAAAAACCUUUGCCCUUUGUACCUAAAUUCUAUCCAGGGACAUUCCAAGGCAGAGAAAUUUUUAAACUUUUUGGAGAUUUGUCAUCAUUGUCUCCUACAGAAGAAAAGCAUGGAUACUGUAUGAAGAAAAUAAAAGAAUCAAAGAAAGUUAGUUCAAUUCAUUUAGUCCAAAAGAAAUCAACGCGCAUUGUAUCCCCCUCUACUUUGUCUCUGAAAUCAUCAGAAGUAGAAGCUUCUCUAAUAGAAAAACAGGAAUCAUCAGAAUAUGGAUCCCAAAACAUACGCAAAAAGCUGCUUUGUUCAGAUAUUUUUAGUGGAAUGGAGUUUUUUGGCAUCGAGACAAAUAUUGCAUGCCUGGGUGAUGACAAAUUUUGGACAUGUGGAGACAGCAGUACCAUGACACUCUACAGCAUCAAUGAAGGUUCUGUACAAUUUGUCAAUUCAAUUAAAACAAAGUCAAGGAAAACCCCAACAGACAUAGUAAUAACAAGAGAUCGACGACUAGUUUAUACUGAUUACAAGACAAAAACUGUGAACAUUCUGAUAUCUGAAAAAAUUUAUGAGUUGAUCAGAUUGAAGACCUGGAGACCCCAAGGUGUCUGUACAAGUUCCUGUGGUGACCUUUUGGUUUCCAUGGAAAGUGAUGACAAAACACAAUCAAAAGUUGUGCGAUAUAAUGUUUUCAUAGAAACAAAACCAUAUCCCUUCGCCGCAGAGAAACAAAGCAUUCAGUUUGAUGAUAAGGGUCUUCCUUUUUAUUCAUCUGGUAGUUCUGAUAAAUACAUAUGUGAGAACAAGAACCAUGAUAUUUGUGUAUCUGACUGUGGAGCUAAAGCAGUAGUGGUCGUCAAUCAGGCUGGAAAACGUAGAUUCAAAUACGCUGGCAAUACAUCUGCCCCAAAAACUAAACCAUUCAGUCCAAGAGGAAUCACUUCAGACAGUCAAAGUCACAUCAUGAUAAUAAUUGUGUCCAUGUUAUGGACCAAGAUGGACAGUUUCUAA